CAUUAAUAUUAAAUGCUCUCUCUCUGUCUCUCCCGUUUAUAUCGCCCCAUCAGCACAAUUGUCUCUCUCUCCUCUCCCUGAAAAAGUGCUCUCUCUCACUCACACACACACACGCAGGCACGCACUAUUACCUACACUUUCCAACCUUUCCCUUGUUUCUUUUCUUUUAUUUAUAUCUGUGUUUACAGUCUUUAAUGGCUGCCCCACACAUAAGUUUUUGGUUCCAAUUUCUUAAUAAGUGGGUGGGUGAUUUUCCCUUGUGGCUCUCUCCCUUUUUGGUCGGUGUGGAAUUUGAUACUCUUCCACCCCAGCAAUCUUAAACCCCUUCAGUUUUUCUUCAAUUCAAUUCACCCUCAAACUUUUCUGUGUUGGAUAUUUGUAUAUACCUGUCAAAGAUAGGAUUUUUGUUUCUGGCCUUUUGGGAUUGUUAAAAAAAGAAAAGAAAAGAAAAGAUUUUUAGUGGGGUUUUCUUGAUUUUGCUCCCUUUUUAUCGAAUACUCUGAUCUCCUUUGGUGUUUUCCAUCUGGGGUUAAUCCAGAAUUUUGUGUGAAAAUAAUUUUUUUGAUAGACUUUGAUUUUGGUGUUGAGAACUGAGGCUGUUUGAUGAAUUGCCUCAGUGAAUUGGUUUUUCCCAAUCUCGUUUAUAGAGGCAAAAUCUUUGUUUGGUUGAGUGAGCAGUCGUGUGAAUUUGUCAUCAUCUAACCUCGAAGGCAAGGUUUGAUCAAAUCUUUGAAGAGGCUGUAAGAUUCCUGAAUAUAAAAAAAAUUGCAAUUUUUGUUUCUGGAUAGCAGCAUUUCAGGCAAUAAUUGUCGUUGAAGGGAAGACCACAUUGCCAUUAGCAUAACCAAUUUUCACUUUUCCAAGCUUGCUGGUAGAGAGAGAAGAUAACAAAGAGAGAGAGAGAAAGAGAGAAGAAAAAAGUUGAUUCCUUACCAACCAGAGAGGACUACAGUGAUUUGGGGUUUUAGUCUUAAAUCAGACAGCAGCUGUUUUCAUAGAUUCUGCCGAAUCAACAUUGGGCUGCAUGUUUAUAGCAUGUUUCAGUGAGAGGAGGAUAACUCGAUGAAUGUGAAGUAGUGAGAGCUAGAGGUAAUUCAUUAUGGCAAAGAAAUCACAGAAGCGCCUUUUGAGGCAUGAAAGAGGUCAGGCAGGUUGUAUGUCGGGUUUAAUUAGCAUAUUUCACUUCCGCCAUGGGAGAUCCACCAAACGUUUGCUUUCAGAUAGAAGCCGUGUGAACAAGCAAGUAGUCGGCGGUGAAUAUUCAGGCAACCAAACUGUUAUACUUGAUCCGACUGAAAAAUGCGAAAGCAUCAAGGUCGCUGAAGAAAGUAAUAUGUCUAUGCUUGAUGCUGCUAAAACGAGCGUGAAGGAACUCAUGGAAGAGGAGAUGUAUAAUGAGCAGGGCUCUGGAAACCCUAAAGGUUCUGCUACGGGUUUGGAACAUAGUAACUCAAAUAACGGAAAUCAUCUCAAAAAACGUCAAAAGAAAAGAAGCAGAAGCCGCAUCAAGUCUAGUGAUCUGGAUGUCACUGAGCUGGGCAAGUCCGAGCAGCUGAGGCCCGAGAAUUGUAACCAGGGACAAGAGCAAAGGCCUUUAGAUAAUCUCGAUCUGGAAAUGAUAAUGGAAGAGUUGGCGCAGUUCAACCAGAGAAACGUGAAUGGCUCGAAGAAUGAACUUCAUGGUGAUCUUGAUAUACCGUCUGGUCAGACUGUUAAUGUUGUUGAAGAAAAGUUGGUUGCAGCCGUAAUACUGCUUGCAGAGCAACGGCUGAACUGCAGUAAGCAUUUCGGAGAAGAUGGGAAUGAUUGUUGCUCGAAAGAGUUCAUGGAUGCAUUGAAAACAUUGAGUUUAAAUAAGGGUUUGCUGUUAAAGCUACUAAAGGAUCCAAACUCGAAACUGGUUAAACAUGUGCAGAAUUUAGAGGUUGCUCGGUUAGGCAGAGACACAAUAACCAAUUCGUUGCCAGCAUCCAGUUUGUCUGAGGAUAAGCCGGGGAAAUUAAAAUGUGAUGAAUCCAGUAGCCGUAAACAGAGAAAUUUCUUCCGAAGACGGACCAAGUCACUGGAAAGCUACCCUGUGGCAGAGGAUAAAGAUCUUCAGAUUCAUAAUAAAAUUGUCAUACUGAAACCCGGGCAAGCAGGGGCACAGAGCCCUCAAAUCGAUGCUAGAGUUAGCAGCCUUCGUUUGCAGUCCCCCAACAUGGACGAUGAUAAGGUGCAGAACGAUAGAAGUACAUCUCAGUUCUCUUUUACAGAAAUAAAAAGGAAGCUCAGGCAUGCAAUUGGGAAGGAACGACAAGGCGUCUCUCCCGAUAGAUUUAAUCUCAAAUAUAGUCCAAAGCACCAAAAUAGCAAUAAUGGAGACAAAGGCAAUACCGGAGAAAAUAUUUGCUGGAGCUCUCCUAAUAGGAACCAUUUCUAUACUGAAAGGUUUUUAACAUCUUCUCCUAGCUUUAAGAAGGGUGAACCUGUUGGAAAGUUGAAGGAUGGGGGUUCAGUGGCCGUGAAUGAAACCAGUCAAUAUUCAAGACUAGGGGGAUCUAACAUCUAUGUCGAGGCUAAAAAGCAUCUCUCGGAGAUGCUGAAUAAUGGAGGUGAAACCCCGGAGUCAGUAACUCGGCAGUUGCCAAAGUCCCUUGGUAGAAUCCUCUCUCUUCCUGAGUAUAAUAAUGGUACCCCUUGCUGCAGCCCUAGAAAAUACGGUGAUGAUAUCUUCGUAACAACUCAGAUCAAAUUGUCUCCCCGUGCCAUAAUUAGGAAUGAUGUGAGUGGUCUUUUGCAAGAAAACCCUAACAAUCAUCCGAGCCCGAGAAAGCAACAUUUGGAGAGUCAACCAGAUGUCUCUAGUAGCAACUGUGAAGACAAGAUACAGUCUCUGGAUGCGAGUGAUAAAAUCACACUCAGAGAUGAUCAAGAACAUUUCAUUGAAAUUCAAUCUGUUGCCGAAGAAACUUUUGAUCCUGAAGCUCAAAGCUCGGCUGGAAUAGUUGCGGACAUUGAAGAAACGGCUGAAUCAAAACCUCAGGAAGAGGAAAAGAUCAUUACUAAUUUCACUGAAUCAUCUAAUGAUUUGAUCGGUGGAGAUAUUGACAAAGAAAAUGCUAGAGAAGUAGACAAUACACAAGUUCCUUCUCAGUUGUCGGUAGACUCUUCUCCAUGCUUCAAAUUGCCUUUUUCUGGUGAAGAUCAAUUGUUGUCAUCUCCAGAGUCCCCCCCACGCGGUCCAGUAAGCACUGAAAUUGAAGGUUCCGACUGCGCAGUGGACAAAUUUGAGCGACCCAGUCCGAUAUCUGUCCUUGAGCCAUUAUUUACAGAUGACGACAUCAGUCCUGCAAGCAGCACUUCGCAACCAGUUGAAAAAGAAAUCCAGCCACGUCAUAUACAUUUUGAAGAACAAUCUUCUGCUAGUGACCAAGGAAUUUGUACAAGAAUUUCCCUCGAGGAUGAGGAAUCUGCAUUUGAGUAUGUCGAAGCUGUGCUACUGGGCUCAGGUUUAAACUGGGACGAAUUUCUCUUGAGAUGGAUUUCUAUGUAUGAAAUCCUUGACUCUUCGUUAUUUGAUGAAGUCGAGUUAUUCUCCAGCCGACCCCAACAUGAUCAGAAACUCCUCUUCGACUGCGCCAAUGAAGCUUUAAAAGAGGUGUGUGAGAAAUACUUUGGAUGCUUUUCUGGGAUAUCAAUGAAUAUCCAACCAGCUCCAAGAGGGAUGGAUCUGAUCCAAGAGAUAUGGCAACGUGUUGAUUGGCAUCUGCUUCAGCUUCCACAUCCUCAUUCUCUCGACCAGCUGAUCAAUGCUGACUUGGCAGGAUCCAGAAAAUGGAUGGACCUCCAAUUAGACGUCGAGCUUAUUGUUUCAGAGAUGGGGGAGACCAUUUUCACAGAACUGGUGGAGGAAACUGUACUGAACUUUUCGGAUGACACGUUGGAGUGUGAGUUUGCAGUGCUCCAAACUGAAUCCGAUGCCAUUGAGGCCACCAACAUGUAGAGUGAGGAUAAGCAUCGAGUAAAUCGGUUUUCAAGCUGAUAUCCCCUUCACAUGAUUGCUCUUAUAUACCUGGAAGACGAGGCGCUUCACAUAAUCCUCAUAACUGAAUAAAACUCACAGAUGGUUAGGAUUUCUUAGUACAGUAGAUUCUUGUGUUGUUUUUUCGUGUUAGGAAUCACAAAGAAUGGACACUUUCACCAGACGAAGGCGUCCACAGGUACUUUUAGGAAGACAUUUAGUUUCGUUUGAUGCCAUAAGCCCGUUUUUAUCGCAGGUUUAGCGGGGUCUAACCUCAUAAUAGAAGAUCAAGGUUUGUGCUGUAUGAUCCUAGAAUAAUACAGUAAGGCUUCUGCAUGUUUGGUGUGUGCAGAAAUCCUCCACAUGUUUGUAGUUUUGUUGGUUUCUUGUUUGCACAUAGGUGUUUGGUUUGUAAAGAAACAUGGUUGUGUUGUCUCCUCAUCUAAUGUGAAUUCACACUUCUGUAA